AGAUUUUCCUCGUUCGAAACCGCAACCUCCGGAACCGAAAGCCCAACCAGUCUUCCUCCUCCAUCGCCCUUUGGGAAAAAACCAGAGCUCCCGUGUCCAGUGGCUUGCAUUUCUCCGCCGUUGCAGAAGCAACAGCUUCUCCCGCUUCCGUCUUCUCCUCCUCCGCGCGGUGCCCACUUCUGUUCAUGUGUUGCUACGCGCGAUUCACGCAUGGCCAGAUCGACGUAGGCGAGAUUCGACCGGUUCUCGCGGGCGUAUGAUGCCUUGCUCGUUGCUGGGAGACCGCAUCCAGCACUUCCUCCGCGAUUACGAUAGCCUCCAGUCCGUGGCCGUCGUCCUCAUUUACAUUCAAAUUGGUUGCGCGUUGGUGGGAUCGCUGGGCGCAAUUUACAACGGGGUUUUGCUCAUCAAUUUGGCCAUUGCUUUGUUUGCUCUGGUAGCUAUCGAGACUAGCAGCCAGAAGUUGGGUCGGACCUACGCCGUCCUUCUCUUCUGCGGGAUUCUGCUCGAUAUCUCCUGGUUCAUUCUCUUCACUUACGAGAUAUGGAACAUUUCUUCUGAUGACUAUGGAGUAUUUUUCAUCUUUUCAGUGAAACUUGCGCUGGCUAUGCAAAUUGUUGGGUUUUCUGUGAGGCUGUCAUCCUCGUUUUUAUGGAUUCAGAUCUACAGGCUAGGGAUUUCACGUGUAGACAGCGCAUAUCGCCAUGAAGUAGAUUCUGAUGUAAGAACUAGCUUUUUAAGUCCGGUGACUCCUGCUGCAGUUAGGCAAGGCCCAGAUCCUGAUGAGAUUCUAGGGGGCUCAAUUUAUAACCCUGCUUAUUAUUCAUCACUUUUUGAAGAUGGUCAAGACAGUGGAUUCUUAAAUAGGGUUAGCCAAAGUGGCACUGGUGAUGAUGAGUCUUCAUCUGCCGCAGAAGCUUCUGACCUAAAGAUAUCCGUUGGGAGUUCCUUUCAGGAUGCAGAUGUCAAGAGUUCAAGGACCUUAUCUCAGCAUGAGAUUGCAAAUAAGCCUCAGAGUGUAUAGGUAAAAGAAAUAUGAGAGACAUGUCUUUCUCAGGAUCUACUGCAUCCAUAUAUUCUGAGAUUUGAUCGUUCAACUUUGCUAGUUGUUAUAUUGGGAUGGCUUUGUACAUUUUCCUAUUUUUGCCAUUCUUUUUGCAUGAAGAGGAUGCUGACUGUAAAUUAGAAGGAUCAUACUCACGGCUCAUUGAAUGAUAUUGUAUUCAUUAACUUUUUGAGAGA